AUGUUUCGUCGUUCGCGUUCUGCCAAGCCUAAAGAGGUGCCAUUGAAGAAGAAGGAGAAGAAGUACCAGGAGCCAGAAGACGCGUAUGAUGCUGCUCAGUACUUCAUAGAUGAUGUACGGGAUCCGUGGCAAGAAGAUGCUCUGGAAAGGGAGCGGACCUCGCAGCACGCUCAGCUGCGCGAGCUGGUGGUGCGAGGGGACGCAGCAGCCCUCACCCAGAGGCUGUCUGACCUUGGCUCAGCUGCAGGGAUCAUCGCCAACCUAACUCCUGGCGGUGCCAAUACUUUGUUAUACGUGGCAUCAGAACUAGGAGCAACAGCAGCAGCGUCAGCCCUGGUGGAGGCGGGCGCGGACGGGCGCGCGCACCCCGUCACCAGAUACGGGCCGCUAUACAUCGCCUGCUACCACGGACACCAGGACAUCGCCCAGCUUCUCCUGCAGCACUUCCCUGAAGCAGUUCAGCAAGAGACAGUUGAGAAAUGGCUGCCACUUCACGCCGCGUGUAUCGGAGGACACCCCGCGCUCGUCACUCUGCUGCUGGAGUACAACUACCCGGAGCAUUUGCUAAGCACGUACACAGACGCGAGCGGCAAGUGGCAGUACCGGUUCGCGUUCGACGUGAACGCGCGCGACGCCAGCGGGCAGACCGCGCUGUACGUGGCCUGCACGCUCGGCAACGUGGACGUCGUCGACGCGCUGCUCUCCCACACCGUGCCCGUCUACCGGCCAGUAAAAGGCGAGGAAGAGACGCCGCCGGAGGCCGCGCCGCCCGCGCUCGCGCCCACGCCCUUGCUGAGCCCGCAGCGCAGCAUCUCGCAGGGCAUACACGCUAUCGUCAACAAGCUCACCGGUGGUAAAACUGCGAGUGCGGAGCGGGAGCGCGAGCGGGCGGAGCGGCGCGUGCGCGCGGUGCGCGUGGAGGCGGCGCGCGGCGCGGACAGCUGCGUGGCGUGCGCGGCGCGCCGGGCGCACGCGCGCGUGCUGCGCCGCCUGCUGGCCGCCGGCGCGCGCGCAGACGCGCCCGCGCUGCCGCCGCCGGAGGAGUCCUCUGACGGGCGCGAGGCGCGGCGGCGCUCGCGCAGCGCGUCGGUGUCCCGCAGCCGCGCCUCGCCCUCGCCCGCGCGCCCCAACUACGGCGACGACCGCGAGGGCCCGUGGACGGCGCUGGCCGUGGCCGCGCGCGCCAGGAACGUGCAGAUCGUGGAGAUGCUGCUGGCGGGCGGCGCCACGGACCCGGGCGGGCGCGCGCUGCGCGAGUGCGCGCGCCACGGCCUGGCCGACCUCGUGGCCGCGCUGCUCGCCACCAAGGCGUACCCGGACCCGGAGCACAAGAUCAACAAGCCGGCGGUGGCGGCGGCGCUGCUGCGCGCGCGCGCCGCGCCCGCGCUGUCGUACCGCGCGCGCUGCCCCUCCACGCCCGUCAUGCUCAACUGGCGCGAGCUGCGCUGCCAGCUCUCGCACAUCAAGAUGAGCUGGGUGGCGGGCGCGGCGCUGCGCGUGAACCCCGCGCUGGCGGGCGGCGGCGCGCUGCUCGCCGUCACGCGCCUCGAGCUCGCCAACAAUGAGCUGCGCGUGUUGCCGCGCGAGAUAUUCUCCAUGCUCAGUCUGGUGUACUUGAACGUGGCCCAAAACAAGCUGGAGCGGCUCCCGACCGCGGAGGACCCGCUGGAGGAGGAGGAGGCGCGCGGGCGGCGGAGGCGCGCGGCGCGCGAGCGCGACGUGUACACCGCGCCCGUGCUGCAGGAGCUCUACCUGCAGGACAACCGGCUGGAGUCGCUGCCGGGCGCGCUGUUCCUGCUGCCGGCGCUGGCCAGCCUCGACGCGUCCAACAACAAGCUGCGCGCGCUGCCCGCCGCGCUGUGGCGCGCGCCCGCGCUGCGCGACCUCAACGCCGCCCUCAACCACCUCACCGACCUGCCCGCCGGGGACGAGGGUCCGGAGACGGGGCAGCAGGCGCCGCCGUCAGAGCCGUCGCCGAGCGCUUCGCCCUCCAUACACUCCGCGCCCUACGCCUUUGGAUCUAAGUCUUCCUCUCGCAGCCCGUCGCUGGACGCGAGCGAGGCGUCGCCCGACGACGAGGACGUGCCCUACAUCGGCAACAGGGCGGGCAAUGCUGUCUGGUCGGAGGCGCGGCGCGUGCACGCGUGGCGCGGCGCGCGCGCCGAGUCGCCGGUGCGCGGCGCGGGGCGGGCGCCGGGCGCGGGCGGCGGCCUCGCGUCCCUCAACCUGGCGCACAACCAGUUCGCGUGCGUGCCGCAGCCGCUGGCGUGCCGCGCGCCCAACCUCACCAGGCUCAACAUGGCGUAUAAUAACUUACGGUCGAUGUCGUACGUGACGUCGUACCCCACCAGCCUGCGCCAGCUGGACCUCAGCCACAACGAGAUCUCCUGCUGGCCCAGCUUGCCGCAGAUCGAGAACGUGGGCGGCGCGGAGGGCUCCCCGCUGGCGUGCCACUGCGCGGGGCGUGGGCCGGCGCGGGGGGCGGCGCGCCCGCGCUCCGGCGGCUCCGUGCGCGCGCAGCUGCUGAGCGCCGCGUGCCCCGCGCGCCGCCACCUGCGCCUCGAGGGACUGCGCACGCUGAUCCUCGCCAACAACAUGCUAACCCGCAUACAGCUGACGACGGACGACGACGGGCUGGCGCCGGCCAGCGAGCCCGCCGACGACGACACCGAUGACGAAUGGAGCAGCCGCGGGUCGCUGCGCGCGCGGCUGCUGUUCCCGCUGCUGUCUAUGCUGGACGUGUCUAGCAACCUGCUGCGCGCCGUGCCGCCCGCGCUGCACCUGCUCUCCAACCUCGCCGUGCUCAACCUCAGCGGCAACAAGGACAUCACGGACCUGCCGCCGCAGAUGGGGCUGCUGACGCGGCUGUGGAACCUGAACACGGCGGGCUGCGCGCUGGCGGAGCCGCUGCGCGCGGUGGUGCGCGGCGGCCGCGGCCGCAGCGUGGACGUGGUGGGCUACCUGCGCUCCGUGCUGCAGGAGGCGAAGCCCUACGCGCGCCUCAAGCUCAUGCUGGUCGGCGUGCAGGGCAUAGGAAAAACCAGUCUCCUGGAGUGUUUAAGACAAGAAUCUCCGAUACAACAUCGAAGGAAACCAACUGAACACUGGGCCAAGCGCAUGGGCAACAAGUCGUCGCGGCGCGGCGUGUCCACGGUGGGCGUGGACAUCGGCGCGUGGGUGUACGAGCCGCAGCGCGCGCAGCGCGGGCCCGUCACCUUCAGGACGUGGGACUUCGGCGGGCAGCAGGAGUACUACGCCACGCACCAGUACUUCCUGUCGAAGCGGUCGCUGUACCUGGUGGUGUGGAAGGUGCCCGACGGCCGCAAGGGGCUCGCCGGCGCGCUGCAGUGGCUCAGGUCCAUACAAGCGCGUGCGCCGGGCUCGCCCGUCAUCAUGGUCGGCACGCACUACGACCAGGUCGCUAACUGCAAGCUGAGCGAGAGCGAGAGCCCGACGGCGCUGCAGCGGCUCAUCCGCGGCGCCGUGAUGGCGGCGCCCGACGCCGACAAGCUGGGCCUGCCGCGCGUGCUCGACUCCAUCGAGGUGUCGUGCAGCACCCGCCACAACAUAAAACUGCUGGCUGACAUCAUCUACUCUGUGGCUUUCAGCGUUAAACCACCAGGCAGCAAGGAGCCGCUGCUGGAGCAGCGCGUGCCGGCGACGUACCUGGCGCUGGAGGAGUGCGUGCAGGCGCUGGCCGCCGACCUCGCCGCGCCCGUGCUGCGCCACGACCAGUACCGGCGCCUGGUGACGCAGUACAUGCAGCAAAAGAACCUGCGCACGUUCCGCGACGCCGCGGAGCUGCACCAGGCCACCAUGUUCUUACACGAAAAUGGCGUGCUGCUGCACUACGACGACGCGACGCUGAAGGAGCUGUACUUCGUGCGGCCGCAGUGGCUGUGCGACGUGUUGGCGCACGUCGUCACCGUCAGGGAGAUCAACCCCUUCGCCACCAACGGCAUCAUGAAGGUGGAGGACCUGGCGCACGUGUUCAAGGCGUCGCCGGUGCUGGGCGGCGGCGAGGAGGCGCGCGCGCUGGCCGUGUCGCUGCUCAACAAGUUCGAGCUGGCGCUGUGCUGGGACGCGCGCGCGCUGCUCGUGCCGCCGCUGCUGCCCGACGCCGAGCCGCGCCUGCCGCAGGUCGCCGACACGACACCCACACUCUACCAUGCCACCUACACUCCAUUUACACUCCACCUCUCUCUACUCAAACUUCAUUUCAACUUCUCUACACCUCAUCUUCAUUCCACUGUUACUCCACUGCUGGCGCUGAAGUCGCGCGCGUGGGGCGGCACCCCGCGCCGCGCCGCGCCCGCGCUCAGCGCCGCGCUGCCCGCCACCGACCCGCUCGACCACACACCGGAGGCGUGGGCGGGCGCGCGCGUGUCGGCGCGGGCGGGCGCGCGCGCGCUGCGCCGCCUGCUGCUGCUGUCGUACGUGCCGCGCGGGUUCUGGGCGCGGCUGUGCGCGCGCGUGCUGGCCGACCCCGCGCUGGCGGCGCACGCGCCCGCGCUGUACGCCGCGCCCGACGUGCCGGGCGCGCUGGGCGAGGGCGCCGCGCGCGCGCUCGACCUCGACUGGGAGUGGAAGCUGUGGAAGACGGGCCUCAAGCUGGCGUGCGGCGAGCUCACGCUGCUGGCGCUGCGCGAGCUGCCGCCGCGCUACGACCCGCUGCUGGGCGCCGUCGGCGACGAGGACGACUCCGACGAGCUCUACCACUCUAUGAGGUUCCGCGUGCGGCAGGAGGGCGCGUGGUGCUCGCUGGACGUGCAGUCGUCGGCGUGCGUGGAGGUGCUGCUGCCGGCGCAGGUGUGCGUGCUGCGCCGCGACGACGGCCGCGACGUGGCCGGCUGCCAGAGCUUAAGCCUGGAACCAAAUCCGGAGGUACUGACGAAGAUCCUAGCGCUCAUCUCCGACCACGUGGAUCUGUUGCUUGAGGAUUGGUACCCGUCUCUUGGUACCCGGUUCGUGCACACGUCGGAGGGGCGCUGCCUCAUCACGCGCGUGGCGCCCUGCCCCGCCUGCCUGCGCGACCACGACCGCCACGCGCCGCAGGCGGACAUGUUCCAGGCGCUGCGUCGGCUGGAGCUGGGCGGCGCGGAGGCGCGGCGGCCGCGCCUGUCGCAGGAGUCGCGCGCCAGCGACGGCGACAGCGGCGUCGGCGCCGACUCCACCUCGUCGUCGCGCGUGGGGUCGGCGGAGGGCGCGUGCGCGGCGGGCGCGGGCGCGGGCGCGGGGGCGCCGCCCGCCACGUGCUGGACGCUGGAGGAGUGCGUGCUGGCGGCGUGCUCGGGCGCGGCGCUGCGCUGCCCGCUGCACCCCGACGUGCAGCUGGCCGACGUCGCGCCCGACGCGCUGCUGCUGGACCUGGAGGAGGAGAAGCGCGCGCGCUGGGAGCACAUCACGUGCACGGCGGUGGCGGGGCGCGGCGCCUUCGGCACGGUGCUGACGGGCACGUGGCGGCGCCCCGGCGCUCCGCCCCUGGCCGUGGCCGUGAAGGCGCUGCAGCCCGUGGCGCCGCCCGACCACGCCGACCUCGCCGCGCUGCAGGCGUACAAGGCGGCGGUGUCGCGGUGGGAGCGCGACGCGCAGGGCGGCGCGUGCCGCGCGUACUGCGGCCUGCGCCAAGAGCUGGGCAUCCUGCUGCGCCUGCGGCACGCGCACGUGCUGCCGCUGCGCGCGGCGUGCGCGGCGCCGCUGGCGCUGCUGCUGGCGGCGGCGCCGCUGGGCGCGCUGGCGGGCGCGCUGCGGCGCUACGCGGGCUGCGGCGCGCGCGUGGGCGCGCGGGCGGCGCGCGCGCUGGCGCUGCAGGCGGCGCGCGCGCUGGAGUACCUGCACGCGCGCCGCGUGCUGUACCGCGACCUCAAGGCGGAGAACGUGCUGGUGUGGGCGCUGCCGGCGCCGCACGACGCCGAGCGCGCCGAGCUCGCGCCCGACCCCGUCGACGUGCACGUCAAGCUCGGCGACUACGGCAUCUCCCGCCUGGCGCCGCCCUCCGGCACGAAGGGCUUCGGCGGCACGGAGGGGUUCAUGGCGCCCGAGAUCAUGCGCUACAACGGCGAGGAGGAGUACACGGAGAAGGUGGACUGCUUCUCGUACGGCAUGCUGCUGUACGAGAUCUUCACGCUGCGGCAGCCCUUCGAGGGGCACGAGGCCGUGAAGGAGGCCGUGCUGGAGGGCGCGCGCCCGCCGCUCUCCGCCAGGGACCUGGAGUACCCGUGCAACCUGCUGGAGACGAUGCGGCGCUGCUGGGCGGGCGCGCCGGAGCUGCGCCCCUCGGCCGCCGCGCUCACCGCGCUGUGCGCCGCGCCCGAGAGCCUCGCGCUGCGCGACGCCGCCGCCGCGCGCGCGCCCGCGCCCGCCGCGCCCGCGCCCGCCGCCGCCGCCGCCGUGCCCGUGCGCCGCACACUUGACAGCACAUCAGGCGCGCUGGGCGCGUGGAGCUCGACGGAGGAGUCGGGGGGCGAGGGGGAGGCGGCGCCGGGGGAGGCCGGGGGGUGCGGCGCAUGCGGGGGGGAGGGCUGGGAGGUGUGGUACGGCGGCGCGGAGCCGGAGCGCGCGCACGCGCUGCUGGCCACGCCCACCGCCUUCACGCACCACCACACGCUGCGCGUGCCGCCCGACAAAGCAGAGCCGGUGAUCGUGACGGCGAUGUGCCGCGUCGGCGUCAACAUGUGGCUCGGCGACUCCGUGGGCAGGGUGUUUGUAUACGACGUGUCGACGUGCGCGCUGCAGUGGAGCGUGCGGCUGCAGGAGGUGGUGGGCGGCGCGCCGGCGGCCGUGGCGGCGCUGUGCGCGCUGGCGCCGCUGCCGCGCCUCGCGCUCGCGCUCGCCUGCGGCAGGUGCGUCUCCCCGCUCCCCGCUCCCCUCACCGUCACCACGUAUUGGGGAAAGGAGACAACUGUUCCUGGUGAGCACGACGCGGCCGGCGGCGGAGACCAGCUUCGUGCUGACGGAGCUCGGCACCGCCACCGAGCUGAGCUGCCUCGCCGCCGCCAGCGCCGCCGACGGCGUGGAGGUGUGGGCGGGUGGCGACCACCUGUACACGUACACCGUCACGGAGGAGGGCGUCAGCGCGGCCGAGACUCUGCCCUGCCCCGCCCCCGCCCCCGCGCCCAGCCGCCCGCCCCCGCCCCCGAGGGCGGCGAGCCGCCCCCGCCCGCCCCCGGCCCGCGCAUGGCGCUGCUGGCCGCGUCCGAGCACGGGCCCACUGUGCUCGGCAGCUGCAAAGGAGACGUGUUCGUGUACACGUGGUGCGCGCGCUCGCGGCGGCCCGCGGCGCGCCUCGACUGCAGCAAGCUGGCGCCCUGCUCCGAGAGCCUGCAGUCCAUCGCGCUCGACGACCCGCUCGGCCGCGAGCGCUGCCGGGUGACGGCGCUGGCGGCGCUGGGCGAGGAGGUGUACGUGGGCACGGCGUGGGGCUGCGUGGUGGUCGCGCACGCCGCCUCGCUGCGCCCGCUCACCGUGUUCCGCCCCUACGAGGAGGAGGUGCGCGCGAUCGUGCCGCUGUGCGCGCACGGGCGCUGCCGCGGCGCUCACGUGGCCACGCUCGGCGCCGGCUACCGCCCGCUGCUGCAGCGCUACGCGCCCGCGCAGCCAAACGCCACCAGCCAGCCGUACUCCGGCUACUACUGCCUGCUGUGGCGCGCGCAGCACUGGCUGCCCGAC